UGCAUAUCGUUUGUUUUGUUUGAAUUGACUUAAUUAUUUCACUGAUAACAUCCAUUGGCGUUAUAAGAGGAGUUGUUCCCGUGGUACGAGUUUGCAGUUGGUUGAAUUUUCACAAGGAUAUACCACGGUGAACAGCGGUGAUGCACCAUCUACUUUGUCUCUUGUUUGCUGCGCUGCAAGCCACCUUGCUGGUUGGCAGUCCUAUCGAGGGGCCUAACGCGCCUCUCCUAGCGGCGCCGCUUGCGGGAGGAGAUUAUGCGUUGCCGACUUCAAUCAUACCACAAGCCUACGAAAUAUGGAUAACACCCCAUUUCGAGAAUGCCCCCGUGGUCUCAAAACAAUUCACAUUCGACGGCACGGUUGAGAUCACCGCGGAAGUAAGCAGAGCAGCAACUAGAAUUAUACAGCUCCACGCGUACGACAUGGAGCAAAUAAGUGUUGUCGUGACUAAAAUCGGAGAUGUCACUUCACCUGUAGUGAUUGGCGCACCAUUACUGAGCGGAGACGACAAGCACUUUUUAAAUAUUCCUGUUAUUUCUGCUCUUAACGUUGGAGAUCUUUUGAACAUAAGAAUAAAUUAUCUUGGAAAACUCAACAACGAAUUAGACGGAUUCUAUCUCAGCUCUUACAUCAAUUUCCGCGGAGAGAAAAAGUGGUUGGGAGUAACUCAGUUUGAACCUACCGGUGCCCGCAGAGCUUUCCCGUGCUUUGACGAGCCUUCAAUGAAAGCGACGUUUAAACUGCACAUCGCUAGAGAACCUUUGCGAGACGUAACUGCCAACAUGGACGUGCUACAGGCAACCAAUUCAUUGGUUGACGAAUUCCACAAAGACUGGGUCUGGGUUGAUUUUGAAGAAUCGGUUGUGAUGUCAACCUACCUCGUCGCAUUUGCGGUGCACGAUUUUGGCUACAUCGGCCAUUCAACUAACGACAAAUUUGGUAUCCUAGCUCGUCGCGAGUUCAUUGAUAGCUCAACUUCGUACGCGUUGAACGUGUCCCCUUUGAUCCUGGAAAAGCUCGAGAACUUCACUGAUGUCCCAUAUGAUUCCCAAAUGAAAGUCGACCAGAUUGCCCUUCCUGACUUUGCAGCCGGGGCAAUGGAAAACUGGGGUCUUAUUACUUACAGAGAGGUGAAUCUGCUGCAUGAUAAAUUUUUCUCAACCUCGGCCAACAAACAACGAAUCGUAACUGUGGUAACCCAUGAAUUGGCCCACCAAUGGUUUGGAAAUCUUGUUACUCCCGAGUGGUGGAGUGAAAUCUGGCUAAACGAAGGAUUCGCCACCUACUUUGAAUACUUCACAGCCGCAACAGUAGAAAACUCUUUCCAAUUGGAGAACGCGUUUAUCAUGGAUGAACUCCAGCCCGUAUUGGAAAGUGACUCUAGGGAUACCACACGUCCUAUGACUUCCACGGUCACUAAUCCUGCGUCGGCAACGGCUGUUUUUGAUAAUAUUGCCUACAACAAAGGUGCUGCAAUUGUUCGCCUGUUGAUCAACAUGAUAGGCGAGAUUCCUUUCAGAGAUGGAAUUAAAAAAUAUCUCACAGAUAAUGCAUAUGGUUCUGUGACAAAAGAUCAUCUUUGGACUGCUCUCGAAUCGACUAUGCCGGACAAUAUUUUGCCGCCUGAAGUCUCCCUUAAAACUGUUAUGGACUCAUGGACAGAAAAUCCUGGUUACCCGCUGAUCACCGUGACGAGAAAUUAUGAGAAAAAUGAAAUUAAUUUUGAACAGCAAAGAUUCUUCUCCGCUAAAAAAAGUCCUCCGUCUCCUGGCCAGUGGCAUGUUCCAAUCACUCUGGUGACUGAACAAAAUUCUGGUGACUUUUCAUCGUUUACUAUCAGGAGUUGGGCUCCCCCUAAUGGUAUUGUGACACUGACAAAUGUGCAAAACCUUAAAGCAAAUGAGUGGCUGAUUGUUAAUCCUAAACAAAUUGGAUAUUACCGCGUUAAUUACGACGAGAGCAACUGGAAAUUGAUUUUGGCUGCUCUGAAUAGUGACGAUGGAUGGAACAAAAUUACGGAAAUCAAUCGCGCCCAAUUGAUUGAUGAUUCGAUGGCUCUUGCAAAGGGCAAUUACUCGGGAUAUGAAACCGCCUUAUCGACCACUGAGUACCUAGAAAAGGAGACGGCAUAUUUACCAUGGUACACUGCUAUUAAGGCGUUCAGUUUUCUUGGUGAUCGCCUGUUUAAUGAAGAAGAAGCCAGCAGAAAGUUUUACACGGAAUACGUCAAAAUGAAACUUGGUCCACUUUUUAAACACGUUAAUGGGUUCACUUACUCGACCAGUGAUGAUCACGUAACUAGACUUCGAAGGAACCUUGCUCUUUAUUGGUCUUGUAAUUUAGGAUACUCCACAUGCAAGAGUACCGCACGAGAUCUAUUCCAAGAGUGGAAAGUACGCAGCUCGCCAGAUUUCUAUAACCCAAUCGACCCUGACUUGAGGAGUGUUGUUUACUGCCACGGAAUGCAAAAUGCGGAGGACUUCGAAUUUUUGUUUGAGAGAUACACAAAGGCUCAACACAUGCCUUCAGAAAUGAGCACGAUUUUGACCGCUCUCGGUUGCGCCCCGUCUGAUGAUCUCCUGAAGAGGGUCUUGAACGAAACUAUCAAAGAGGUUGAUUCAUUGAUCCGAUCACAAGACACUAGAGACGCGUUUGUCGGCGUCCUCAGAAACCCGGAGGGUGUAGAUGUUGCCCUCGAAUUUCUCGUCACCAAAUUCGCCGAAAUUAAAGUCACAUAUCAAGCAUUUGGAUCUGUGACUAGACUAUUUGGUGCCAUUGCACCAAAAUUAAAUACCGACGAGCAGAAAAAGAAGCUUGAAGAUUUCUUAACAAACAACCCAAACGAGCCAGAUAACAUUAAGGCAGCCGUUCGUGCAGCAAUCGCUGUGGUUGAAGACAACAUUGCUUGGCUAAAAGACAACAAAAAAACCGUUUUAGAUUUCUUUGAAAGCAGAGUGAACAGCAGUGCAGUUGUUGCACUUUUUUCACCUGUAGUCCUCAUUUGCGCAAUAUUUGCAACUUGGUGGACGUAAAUUUACUAACAAAAUAUAGUGGUUUCAAAGGAAAAGAACGGCCGUAUAUAUAAUUUUAACUUAUUGAAAUGUUUAAAUCGGUUAGAAUAUGCACAAAAUUGCUGGGGCUAUUAAUAUGUUCUGCAUAAUUAUAUAUUGAUUAGGUUAAAAAUUAUCUGGAUUUUCACUCACAAAAUUUGUCCAACCCAUUUGAAAUCAAUAAAUACUCAAUUAAA